AUGGGUGUCACAAUUGUUCUGGGUAGUCAGUGGGGUGAUGAAGGAAAGGGGAAGAUUACCGAUAUGCUUGCGCAGGAGGCUACGCUCUGCUGCCGUGCCGCUGGCGGCCACAAUGCCGGUCACACUAUCGUCCACGGUGACAAGACCUACGACUUCCACAUCCUUCCCUCCGGUCUCGUCUCCCCCGCCUGUGUCAACCUGAUUGGCGCCGGUACCGUGGUGCACGUCCCUAGUUUCUUCAAGGAGUUGGCUUCUCUGGAGGACAAGGGUCUGGAGGGCGCUGGAAAGCGCAUCUUCAUCUCCGACCGUGCGCACGUUUGCUUGGACCUUCACUCCGUCGUGGAUGGUCUGGAAGAGGCCAAGCUGGGCGGUCGCAAGGUCGGUACUACCGGCAAGGGUAUCGGUCCCUGCUACAGUGACAAGGCCGCCCGUCGCGGUAUCCGUGUUGGUGAGAUUCUCGACGAGGCUCUCUUCGAGCGCAAACUGCGCUCUUUGGACGCCGGCUACCGCGCUAGAUUCGGCGAGCUGGAGUACAACGUUGAGGAGGAACUUGCUCGUUUCAAGGAUUACCGUCAACGCUUGGGCCCUUACAUUGUCGACCAAUUGGCCUUCCUUCAGAAGUACAAGGACGCCCCUAACACCCUCGUUGAGGGCGCCAACGCUCUCAUGCUGGACUUGGACCACGGCACUUACCCCUUCGUGACCUCCUCGUCCACCGGUCUGGGCGGUGCCGUUCAGGCCCUCUCCCUCAACCCCACCAGCAUCAGCUCCAUCAUCGGUGUCGUCAAGGCCUACACCACCCGUGUCGGCUCGGGUCCUUUCCCCAGUGAGCAGCUGAACGAGUUCGGCGACAAGCUGCAGGGCGUGGGUAAGGAGUUCGGUGUCACCACCGGCCGUAGACGUCGUUGCGGUUGGUUCGACAUGGUUCUGUGCCGCUACUCCCACGCUAUCAACCACUACACCGCUCUUAACUUGACCAAGCUGGACGUGCUCGAUGACUUUGACGAGAUCAAGGUCGGUGUCGCGUACAUUCUGCCCGACGGCACCCGUACGGAGAACACGAUGCCCGCCGAUCCGGAAGUCCUGGAGAAGGUCCAGGUCGAGUAUGUCACCCUCCCCGGCUGGAAGAGCAACACCAUGGGCGUGAAGAAGUACGAGGACCUGCCUGCCAAUGCUCGCGCGUAUAUCGAGUACAUUGAGCGCGGGUUGGGCGGUGUUCCCGUCAAGUGGAUCGGUACUGGUCCUGCUCGUGACCACAUGAUCUGCCGCGAGUAA